AUGUCCCACGCUUCCUCGUCAUCUUCUCCGGAGGCACCUCGCGCUUCUAAAGCUGGGAAACAUGAGUACUCAGAUGCUAACAUAAGGAACUUCGCACCAGUUGCUAGAAUUAUGAAAACAGCCCUCCCAGAGAAUGCGAAGAUUGCAAAGGAAGCAAAAGAAUGCAUGCAAGAAUGCGUCAGCGAGUUUAUAUCAUUCAUCACAAGCGAAGCCUCCGAGAAAUGCCACCAAGAAAAGCGGAAGACGGUCAACGGCGAGGACAUUUUGUUUGCAAUGACCUCCCUUGGAUUUGAGAAUUACGCCGAAGCACUAAAGAUAUACUUAUCGAAGUACCGUGAAACCCAAUCCACAAGAGGCGAGAAUCGACCCGGCAGUCAAGGGUAUGGAUCAACAGCACCUGGUGCUCCUGGCGGGGCCCCCAAUGCAACCCCAUCGACAACGUUUCAAGGCGGCGCAGAGGGUACCAACAACAUCCUCGGUGGUCCGACAGCCGAAGGUAGUGAACACGACACCGGCUUUCACGGAAGCCUGUAUGGAGGCCCAGUCCCCAGCGGGCACAACGGCGCGACGGGUGGCGAUGGCUAUUGA